AUGAACGGAUACCUGAAGUUGGCUAUUCUCAUUGGCUUCGUCACCUUGUGCUUGUCGCAUCCUCGUGAGUUUUUUCGCUUUUUGAUGUUGUUUUAGGUAAUAUAAGUGCUUUGAUUUUAUGGUUUUUUUUUAUUUUAUUGACCAGUCGAUAAAUGCUGAAAUUUAAUCGACCAGCCGAUAAUUUUUGAAAUUUUAUCGACCAGUUGAUAAUUUUUAAAACAUUUCCCGAGUUUUUGUAUAAAAUUUUUUACCAUGCUCCACUUCAGAAUUCCGUGUAUUGAAAUGCCGCACCACCGACGGUCAACUCAAGGCUGGACCAGAACAGGCCCACUGUAACAUGAUCAUCAAGGACUCGGAGACCGAACUGCCCGGUCGUCCAGCUCCAGAAGGCGAUGGAUGCUUCUACGAGACCGUGAACGGUGAGGAACGUUUGUACUGCGACUUGGUUUGCCCCAAGGCUCACACCGUCUUCAACGCUCACAUCGAACAGGGCCACAAGUCGUGCUUUAACUUCUACACCUACCAAUUGGAGCGUCGCGCUGACGAAUGGUACAUCUGGAGAUCUGGAAAGUGCUUGAACUCCACUGCCACCUUCACUGUUGGCUGCAAGUUCGACGAGCCUUUCAACACUCAAUUCGCCAACGACAACGAGGUCUUCGCUCGUUUGGCCGCUAGACGUGUCGCUUAA